AUGGCCGCGUUCAAGCCCAGGCGCAUCCUGCUGCUCACAAACGUCGACCGCGGCGAGGCCAAUGUCUUCCUCGCCACUGCCGCCGCACUUGUUGAAACCGACUCCAGCGUCGAGCUUCACUUUGCCACCUUCCCCGGCCUGGAAGAGCCCGUCGCGGCUGUAUCGCAGAAUGCGCGGCGACACGCUCCAGACGCCAGAGAGAUUGUCUACCACAGCAUCAGCGGCCUUACCAUGGCCGACGGGCUGAAAAAGUAUCUUGCCGAGAACAACGUCCCGCGAAAGGACGACUACCUUCCACUCAGCUUCCUUGCGCCGCUGCGCUUUUCCACGACGCUCAAGGCCAUCGGCGACACCAUUCCCAUAAUGGUGCCUUACGGCAGCGUCGACAUGGCCGAGAUUGUGUCUUGCAUCAUCGACAUUAUCAAUAGCGUCAAGGCAGAUCUGGUGGUCGUCGACACUCUCAUGACGGCUGCUCUCACAGCCUGCUACCACUUGGGUGUUAAAUUCGCUUGCCUCAGUCCUAAUGCCAUCAAAGAGUUUGCGGCGCCCGUGCAGCCCUGGGCAGCCGGGCUGUGGAGAUAUCCAGCCCUAUUUUCCGGAUACUCUUUCCCUGUCCCGCUGCAUCUUAUACCCUUCAACAUCUUUUUGACCCUCUACACCGCCCACACCUUCAUCGGAGACUCGCACAGACACGCUGUAGCGCAACACCUCGCAUCCAAUCUCAAAGUCACUCUCCGCACCCCCAUUGAUCUACUUCGCAAUCGCCCUGAUAACGUCAAGAUUCUCGUCAGCACUCUGCCUGAGCUCGAUUUUCCCUCUAUCAUCCCUGACCAUGUCCUGCCGUGCGGGCCCAUCGUCCAGACCGCGUCGCCCAUCGCAGAGUCUGACCCGGAGCUCGAGCAAUGGUUGGCCGCCGGCCCCGUGAUAUAUAUCAAUCUGGGCUCUAUCUGUCUACUAGCUGAGGACCAGGCGUUGAGGCUUGCCAAGGCCCUCAGAUGCGUUCUUGACCGUCAGGAUACGCCGCCGCGCGUGCUAUGGAAGCUCAAACCGUAUGGCGACUACAAGGUGACUACGACCGGAUCCAAGAUACACGACGUACUCGGACCCGAAAUCGACGCCGAUCAAGUGAGAAUCGUCACUUGGGUUCAGGCUGACCCGUUCUCGAUCCUUCAGACGGGACACAUCCUGUGCUCCGUACACCACGGUGGUGCCAACUCGUAUAACGAGGCUGUCCUCGCCGGCGUGCCUCAAGUCGUGCUCCCGCAAUGGACGGACUGCUACGACUACGCACAGCGUGUGGAGUUGCUGGGAAUCGGUCGCAUUGGCAACAAGACAUGCAAGCCGAAGUGGGAGACUGAAGAGCUUUCACAGGUCCUCCUCGACGUUGCCUUUGGCAAGGAGUCUGGUAGUAUCAAGAAGACGGCAACGCACCUGGCGUCCAUCUGCCACGAGCACGGCAGCGGAGCAGCUCACGCAGCCAAGAUCCUGCUUGCAGAGUGCGACCAGUGA